UGUUCAUGGAUGUGCAUCGUCUGUGUCUGAAGAUCUCGCCCGCCAUCGUCCACAACAAAGAGUUACUCGCCAUCGUUCACACUUUCAAGGUCUGGUGCUGGUACCUGACGGGCGCUGACGUGACAGUCCGAACAGACCACAAAUCGCUACAGUUCAUCCGCGCCCAACCGACACUAAAUCCCCGACAUAUUCGCUGGCUCGAUUACCUCGAGUCAAACUUCCACUACAAAGUCACCUACAAACGGGGGGUUAGCAACAUCGCCGACGCAUUGACGCGCCCUUCAGUCCACACCGCCGUAGUCCUAAUUACCCAAGCUAAUCCGCUGCUAACUGGCCUAUUCACCCACGGAUACAGUACGGAUCCAUUCUUCACCACUAACAGUCAUCCCCAAUACGGCACACGUCUACAUCUGUCCACGGCAUACCACCCGCAAUCGGACGGCCAGACUGAGCGCACCAAUCAGACGAUGGAGCAGCUGAUUCGCAUGACGUGCACAGACCCGGCCCUAUGGGAAGACUCCCUUCCCUUGAUCGAGUUUGCGUACAACAGCGCCCCAACAGCCCCGACUACUCAGUCCCCGUUCUUCCUUAAUUACGGGAUAGAGCCGACAACCCCUCUAUCGCCACCAAUAGAAAAUCCGGCACCGAGUCAACCCAGUACCUGAGCCGAUGAUCGAGCCAUCGAAGUUUCU